AUGAUCCCUCCCUUCGAAACAACCUUCGCAGUACCCCUUAGCUGUGAAUCGUGCAUCAAAGACGUGUCAACGUCCUUGUACAAGCUUCCCGGCAUCCAAAAUGUUACGGCAGAUCUUCCGGCACAGCUCAUUUCGGUAGAGGGCACUGCUGCCCCUUCAGCCAUUGUUGCCGCCAUCCAGGACACCGGCCGCGAUGCCAUCCUACGAGGCUCUGGCAAGUCCGAAAGCGCUGCCGUAUGCAUUCUCGAAACACAUUCUACCUCCGUCGAGGAUCAGGUACGCGGCCUAAUUCGCAUGGUCCAAGUCGCUUCCAACAUGACCAUCAUUGAUCUUUCUAUCCGUGGUCUCUCUCCUGGAACUUAUCACGCGACCGUCCGCGAGACUGGCGACAUCUCGCGCGGCGCCGAAAACACUGGUGGUAUUUGGGAUAUGGUACGCGCCAAAGAGGAGGGUAAGCCUCAAUCUGCAAGAGGAGUUUUCGGCACUGUCGAAGUCAACAAGAGUGGUAUUGCUUCAAUCUUCCUCGACAAGCCCAUCCAGAUUUGGGAGAUGAUUGGUCGCAGCAUCGUAGUCUCCAGACAACAAGACGGCAAGUUCGACAAAGAGGACCCUGAUACCCUUGUUGGUGUCAUUGCUAGAAGUGCCGGCGUCUGGGACAACGACAAGACUGUCUGUUCAUGCUCAGGCAAGACUGUGUGGGAAGAGAGAACGGAGCAAGUCGGAAAGGGCAUGCUCUAA